AUGAAAACUGAUGUCCUUGACCUUUUGGUCCACGAUGAGGAUCUUGCGGAACUUCUGGAAUCUUCAUCCUGCUCCUUUGAGUUCCAUUCUGGAAUGAGUUAUCCAGUAGUGUCCUGUGGUUUUACCUCCUUUACCACCAGGGAAAGUUAUGCCAGGCACUGGGAGACAAAGCACAAGCUCCAUCAUGUUAUCUUCUAUUGUUCCAUCCCAGGAUUUGCACCGACCACCAGCACCCUGGAAUCCGCACUGCCACAGGCACCUGAGACCUCAUCUGCUUCUUUCGUAAGUUCCUCUAUCAUCAGUUCAUCCUGUCUGCCAUCCGCCACGUCAUUGCCUUCUGUCAUUAUAUUUGAAACACAAUCCUUCAUUUCAUCUUUGCCUCCUUCGUACGUUGCUCCGCCCGUUGUGUCAUCUGCGACCUUGCCAGACGUUCAUCCAGUACAGUUUUCCACCGAAACCGCUAGCCAAACCAAGGAGUCCUCACCAUAUUCGUUAUAUUCCGUCCCUGUUGAGGAACAGAACAAUGUGACAGGAUCUUUCUGUUGUACUAAUUUCGACAAAGACAAGAACGGGGAUUGUAACGUAUGUGCCCCUGGAUACUUUGGGAAACUUUGUGAUGUACCUUGUCCACGUGGAAAAUUCGGCAGGGGCUGUGCAGGGGAGUGCACGUGCUCUCUAGAGGAGUGUGACCACGUGUCAGGAUGUCCUUUUAUAAGCCAGCUUAAUACCACACAGGCAGUAACAGUAUCUAUUUCCCCAUCACAUCAAGGACUUAAUCUGACAGAAAUACAAAUCUCAACGCCAUCAACAUCAUCAAGAUUGAUAAAAUCUUACUUUCCUAUCUCUAUCACAAAGAGUGAAAAUGCAUCAAUAUCACCAGCAGAAAAGCGAUAUAUCACAAUGAAAAGCAGCACAAUUUUUCAAUCAUCAGAGAUACAAACAACAGAAAUAUCUGCUGUUAGAACUACCCUGGGGCAGUUUAAUAGUAAUUAUACAAUCCUGGGUGUAGGAUUGAUAUUAGCUGUUCUACUGAUAGUUAUCAUUGUACAACUCCGAGUGAGAUCAAAAUCUUCACACAAAACGAUUUCAAAGGAAGAAAUGGGAGACAACAAUGAAAUAAACGUAUUAAUUGACUCCUCGUGUAAGCCAUUGGACGUCGAUAAAAAACAGUAUAGCAGAUUAGAAGAGAAUAAGGAUAAAGGCCACGUGUAUCAGCGUGUUGAGUCAGAGUAUCAGGAAAUUGAGGAAUGUUUAGAACUGGUGGACAAUCCAUCUGUGCCAAGAAGGGGUUUUCAGUCAAACAUUAUGAUGUCAGGUGAAAAUAAUUUUUUGGAAACUUAUAUAGACCCAGUUAUUUCAACAGAAAACAUCAGUAGACAACGGCAUUCGUACAUAGAAAUAUUGGAUACGGAAGUGUAUACAGCGGAUGACAACUUAAACGAUGAAUGUAAUGAAAAUACCAGUAAAUCAUCGUCUUCAUAUGAUGAUGUGAUAGUCGAAUGUGCCACUGAUACACCAGAAAUAGAUCAAAGUAAUUCUAAUACUUAUCUAGAUGUUCUCUUUGAAUGAUUAGUAUCCAGUCAUCAAACCUUGAUAUAAACCAUAACAGACGAUACGUCAAAACACACACGGCCUCAGCUUUAAAAUUUAAAACUCAUCAAAGUUAUCUCAAUGAUACACCUCGAAUUUUUUUAAGUCAAUCUUCCAUUCCAUUUGUGUUUAAAAAGGCUGCAAUUCAUAACGUAAACUUUUGAAAUUUUCCGUAGAAUCUGUACGGUUGCUUAUUGUUUAACGUCCCUCUCGAGAAUUGUUCACUCAUAUGGAGAAGAAGCUGUGUGGAAAUACAAUGUAACGAUCCCUUAGAAUUGAAUUUAUUAUAAUACUACAUGUAUAAGUAUACGUAAUACGUUUUAAUUUCUAGUACUCAAAUGAAAAGAACAAUUUAGAUAGUUCUGUGUUAUCAAAAACUCAUAUUUAUUGA